UCUUCAGCCGGCGCCAUGUCGGGGCUCUGCGACCCCCCGGGAGCCGCCGCCAGCCCCCCGCGACCCCCCCUCAGCGCUGCUGAACUCUCCCAAGAGCUCUCUGCAUUCUUGGGCUACCCUGAGCCACCCCAAGGCCUCCCCCCUCCAUCCUCCCCUCCCCCAUGGUCCCAAAACCGCCGAGCCCUGCUGCUGCUGCGCUGCCUCCCCCCAGCCCGUCACGCCGCCCUCCAGCACCUCCGGGGGCUCUUUGAUGAGCAUGUCUGUGCCCACCUCCUGCACAGGGAACCCCCAGGGACCCCUCACCCUCCUCCUCCUCCUCCUGGGAGCCUUCCCUCUGUCAGCAGCCUGGAGGAUUCCAUUGGAGAGGUCAGGAAGGUUUUGGGGGACCUGAUCCGUGCCAACCCUUCAGCGUGGGCUCCUGCUGUCUCAGCUUGGGCUACAGAGCUUUUGGGGCAGCUGAGUAGUAAAUAUGCUGGGAGGCAUGGGGUGCCUCCUGGAGCUUCAGAUCUCAACGAGCUGCUGCAGCUCUGGAUGUCUUGUGCAGCCACAAGGUGCCUGUUGGAUAUUUACACCCAGUGCUUGGCUUCCAUGAGCUCCUCGUGCCCUGACUCGUGUGUGGAUGCUCUGCUGGACACCUCAGUGCAGCACUCACCUCAUUUUGACUGGGUGGUGGCUCAUAUUGGUUCCUCUUUCCCCAACACCAUCAUCAACCGUGUCCUCUCUUGUGGCCUCAAGGAUUUUUGCACCCAUGGAGCAUCCCAAAGUGGGGAGCUUUGGUUCCCAUCCCCAUCCCCUGACAAAAGGGUCCCCAAAAUCGCUUCAGUGGUUGGGAUUUUGGGGCAUUUAGCCUCCAGGCAUUCAGCCAACAUCAAGCAGGAGCUUCUCAAGUUGUUCCAUGACAGUUUGGGUCCUACCAGGGAGCAGCAUCAAAAAGCUGCUGUCCCUUUCUUGCUGCAGCUCGCCCUCAUGUCCCCACCUCUGCUGGCCACCGUGUCCCCAGACCUCGUACGCUCCCUCAGCCCUCAGGUCCUCAACCAGCUCCAUCAUCACUUCUCCACCUUCCCCAGGGAAGAGCUGGAUAACAUGGUGACUGUGGUGGUCCACCUCAUCUGCCAGACUUCAGCUGGAGCCUUCAGCCUCCUCCAGUUCUUACUGGACACAGCCAUGCCUGCCACUGUCAUCACCAGCCCUGGUCCUUCUCCCAGUGAUGGGGUCCGUGAUGCUUGUGACCGUCUCUUGCUCCUCCUGCUGCUCCAUCUGCAGAAGCUGGUGUUCAACAGGCCCAGCCCUACUUUGGGAGAGCCUUCUUCAUCCUCCUCCUCCUCCUCACCUCGUCCCAUCCCCUUCUUGGAUGCUCUGAAGCCUCACAUUCGGGAGCUGUGCGUGGGGACGCUGAAGCUGGAGAGGAAACGUUUCCUCUGGCAGCACCAGCUCUUGGGUUUGGUGGCUGUUUAUGGUGCCCCUCACAGUGCUGCUGAAGCCAUGGGGCAUCUCCUCACCCUUGCCCAUGGCCCUGAAGAGCUGGCUUUGGCUCCUCAGCUCUAUGCAGUGCUCAGCUCUUGCCUGGCAGAGCUGCUGCCAGCCACGGUGCAGCUCCUGGUGCGUCACAUCCACGCCGGCUGCUUGCCCGAGCAUCACUUGGCUCAGCUCUGCCACAACCUGGCAACCUUGGCACAAGCUUGUGAAGGCCUUGAUGCCACCAUCCCCACCAGCAUGGCAGCUCAGCUCUGCCCAGCUUUAGCUCAGCACCUCCCAGACUUCGCCCAGCUCCUCCUGCACCGCGAUGCCGCCGUGGCUGAGGCUGCUUGCCAGCUCUUGGCUUCUUGCCCUUUGCCAGGAGCCAUCCCUCCUGCUCACCUCAUGGCUGCCAUCCGUGCUGCUGUGCACCAGUUCUUCCUCACCCUCAGGAGAGCUUGGGGUGACCCCAAUUGCUUUGGGGGGGCACCAGGGUUGUGCCACAGCAGCCGCCUCCUCAGUCGCCUCAGCGCCGUGUCGGCUGCUGCAACCAAGGCUGUGCUGCAGCAGCUGGUGGAAGGAGCACUGAGAGGGGCUAAUGCUGAGCUCUUUGGGGCUACAGACCCCUGUGGCAAGCAGGAGGAGGAGGAGGAGGAAGGAGGGAGGAGGAAGGAGGCAUCUCUGCUGGACAUCAACCGCCGCUCAACGGCCGCCGUCGACUUCUCAGGGGGCGUCUGGUCGGUUUUCCACGCUGGGGUCAUUGGGAGAGGACUCAAAGCCACCAAGAGAAACACCCCAAGAGCUCCUGAGCAAGUGGCUCACAACACCCAGACCUUCCUCAACCUCCUCCUCCGCUGCUGCAGAGCCUCCUCUUCCUCCCCUUCCUCCUCCUCCUCCUCCAGCAUCAACCCUGAGGCUGCCAAAGCCGUGGCUGCUGCACUGGUGGAGGCUGUUUGCCCUGAGGCUGCUGGAGCUGAGCUGCUUUGGCCACCAGAGGAGCAAAGCAGAGGGACAGUGGAGAGGGAUCUUCGCAUCUGCCAUCGCUUCAGGGCUCAACCUUUGCUCUUCCCCCUCCUCCACUUCAUAGCCAAGGGGCCACCUGCCCUGUGCUACUGCUCUGUGCUGCUCAGGGGGCUCCUGGCCACCUUGUUGGGCCACUGGGAGGGCAGCAGGGAGAGUGGCACAACAGGCUCAGCCUGGCACUUGGCAGCUUCUUGCUCGCUGGUUGCCAUCAUGGCUGAGGGUUCUUUGCUCCCUCCAGCCCUGGGCAAUGUCCAUGAGCUGUUUCCACACGUGGCUCCCUUUGAGGUGCAUCUGCUGCUGCUGAGUGUGUGGGAUUACCUGAGGGACAACCACCCCCUGCCCCAGAAAUUCACCUUCCAGCCCAAGCAAGGGCUGUUCCUCAGGGAUUUCAGCCGGGAUGGGGAGCUGGGGAAGCACCUGGCCGUGCUGCACAGCGUCCUGCACAAGAACAUCCAGCGCCUGGGGCUGCUGGCGCCUCGAUUCCGGCCCUGAGGGGUGCAAAAACCACCCAAAAUGGCCUCAAAUCGCCCCAAAACCACCCCAAAUCCAUCAAAAAACCACCCAAAUUCCACC